AUGGAGCGAAGAUUUAAUAGAGAAAGCAAAGGUGGUGUGAGCCUACAAAAGAGGAUGAUAGAGACGCGGCGAAAGGCAGAACCAGCACCGGACCUCACGGAUUUCAUGAACGACAUGUUUUUUGGGGCUGCUGACAUUUACAAGAAGAACUAUGACUUCACUGGUGGUAGCAGUGUUGUUUUGGACGAUGAGGACGAUGUUGGGUUUGAUGAUAGCACAAGAAGUAACAGUGCGAGGUUGACUCAAGAGUGGUUACAAGAGGCGCGAAGGAUCGUGUCUUCUUCUCCCACAAGGUCUGAUUCGCCUGCACGUCGCUGCCUUUCUGGCUCUCCGAGGUUUGCAUCGCCUUCCAACAAUAAUUCACAACCAGGCGCAUCUCUUAUUCCUUCCUUGGAUCCCACCAGAGAUAAUAAUCUCUCAAGAACUAGGUCUGCAAGAAGGUUGAGAGGAGGGGAAGGGGUGAGUAACGAGAUACUAACAAAAUCAGCUAAACACAGUCGCAACAAAUCAGACACCUUUACUAAUCAUUCUUGGGAGGAGGACGGAUCCCCUGCUGCGGAAGUCCGCAGAUGGUUCUCCAACAUCCUCAAGCCCACACAAAAUUCAGCUUGCCCUCCACGCCAGCAUCUUCAGCGGAGGUCCCGCUUCCAAACGGAACCAAGCUCCCCUGCACCUCAGCCGCAGGGGAUCCAAUCCCCUUCCCGCCCAACCUUCAAGUCUACUCCUGCGGAGUCUCUGCCUCUGUCUCCGCCAAGGAAUCUCGUUGAGUCUGCUCACCGGAGAACCAUAUCGUCUUCAACUUGCUCGCUGGAGAAGAUCGCGUCCAGGUAUGUCGCAAAAGGAGAUGAAGUAAGCCAGCAAGAAGAUGAUAAUUAUAGCCUCAACGGUUUCCUCAAAGAGCAGAGGGAUCUGUUCAAGAAAAUCUCCAGCGGAGAGAUUCAUGCAAAUGCCAAAGUCAUUCUUUCUGGGCCUUCGAACAGUACUGCAUCGAUGGUGGCUGCGAUUUGCCAUGCUUGGCUGUUGGGGUACAGGGAGAGGGAGAAGGGGAGUGGUGUGGUGGUGCCAGUGAUGAACGUGAAGCGAAGCUCCAUGUUGAAGCUGAGGCAAGCUGCAUGGCUGUUUCACCAUUCUGGUCUUGAUGCUUCUGCAUUGCUUUUCGCUGAUGAGGUGGACAUGGAAAACCUUUUGGUGACUGGCCAAGUGACUGUCCUCGUGGUUGGAAAAGAUAUCCUAACCACUACCGGCGAGGUUGGAUCUCAGUGCACCAUUCUCACGGAUAAUUAUUGUGAAGAUGCCUAUGAUCUGCUUCAAAACUCUGUACUAAAGAAACUAUUGCUAGCUGGAAUUCUACUAGACACACAGAAUCUAAAGGCUUCUGCAUCCGUAUCAAUGACAAGAGAUGCAGAAGCAGUUCAAUUGCUAUUGGUUCGCUCACCCCCAAACUACAGAUAUGCUCUAUUUGAUCAAUUGCUACAAGACCAAAAAUCUACUUCUUUUGUGGAAGCUUUGAACUUUAACUAUGGGAAACCUUAUGAUCAAAGUGGCAAGAACAGCGAAGGAAACAUGGAGCAUAAAUUUCGAGAAAGAAAAUCAAGCUCUAAGUCUAUAUCUGACAGAGAAACCAUGUUGUCAAGUACAAAAACGAAUUCCAGCGACACAAAAAGCGUCAAAAGUAACAUGGUUUCACCAAGAACAGCCAAACUUAUUACGCCACCUUCACGAUCUCCUGCUCCAGUAUCAGCACCAGCGCCAGCACGUGUUGAAAAGGAAUCCAAUUUUCGCGGGAAAAACACCUCCUUCUUAGCAAGGUGGUUUGGUUUUGGAAAAUAAUAUAAUUAAAUCCUAUUCUAUUUCUAAAGGCAGCUCAAUUUUGCAAUAUUAGAACAAGAGAAAAAAAGUCCCCCCCCCCCCCCCCCCUUCUCUUCAAUGUUCGUCACAUUACCGAAAAAGGAGAAGUAUAAUCUUUGUAUUUUUUAGCUACGAUAAACAUGCA